UUGGACCCCUCCCUCCCGGCAAGAUGGCGGCGCCCGGCUGCGGCGCGCUGGGCCUCCGGAGCCGGGGGCCCGGCCAGUCUUCGGGGAGUCUCGUCACUCUCGUUUCAAAGCUAUUUUGCUCCGCCGCCGUUUCCUCUAAGUCUCUGAAGGCCCAGCAAUUAGCUGAAAGGCUUCGAGCCCAAAAACAGGAACAGAAGACGAAAAAGGAACCGGUGCCCACACACCCUGUUCAGCGGAGGGUGCGAGAAUUAGUGCGCUUCACACAGCAGCUGCAGCGAGUCCACCCCAACGUGCUUGCUAAGGCACUGAGCCGGGGGAUUCUCCACCAGGACAAGGACCUUGUGGUCAUCAAUAAGCCCUAUGGCCUACCUGUGCAUGGUGGCCCUGGGGUCCAGCUCUGCAUCAGUGAUGUACUGCCUAUCCUGGCAAAGAUACUUCAUGGCCACAAGGCAGAGCCCUUGCAUCUGUGCCACCGGCUGGACAAGGAAACCACAGGCGUGAUGGUGUUGGCUUGGGAGAAGGAAGUGGCACAUCAAGUUCAAGAGUUGUUUAGAACCCGUCAGGUGACAAAGAAGUACUGGGCCAUCACUGUACGUGUCCCCGUGCCCUCAGCAGGAGUUGUGGAUAUCCCCAUCGUAGAGAAGGAGGUGCAAGGCCAGCAGCAACACCACAAGAUGACGCUGUCCCCAAGCUACCGCAUGGACAAUGGGAAGAUGGUGAAACUGCGGAGCAGCCGGAUCGCACAUGUUGCUGUGACUCAGUACUGGGUGCUAAGCAGCACUCUCUCCUCUGCCUUCCUGGAGCUCCAGCCCAUUACUGGAAUAAAACAUCAGCUUCGAGUUCACUUGUCUUUUGGAUUGGAUUGUCCAGUCCUUGGUGAUCACAAGUACUCAGACUGGAAUAAGUUGGCCCCCCAGAAACUACCCGUUGGCACCCUGAAGAAGCUGGGGCUGGAACAGUCGAAGGCUCGCCACAUCCCGCUUCAUCUGCAUGCCCGGCAGCUGAUCCUGCCUGCUCUGGGAUCCAGGAAGGAGGAACUCAACUUAGUCUGCAAGCUCCCUCGCUUCUUUGUACGUUCGCUGCGCCGUCUGGGUUUAGAGAUGCCAAAUCAGGAUGAAAAUGGGGACAAUGAAGCCAGGCAUCUGGGAGCCCAGUGAAGACUCCAGGAGCUCCCUGACAUCUAGGAGCACAGUUGCAGGGCCCAUGUGAGAGUGAUUGAUUCUGCCUUUUGAGCUGAGGUACCUGGUGGGACAGCUUCUGCUUCCAAGGUCUCCAGAUGAGUUACUGCAACAUGUCUAGCCCAUGAAACACCUUAAUCCAUUGGUGAGCAUCUUUGGGUCCAGAUCCUCCAGGGGCUGAUCCACCAAGUCGGGCUGACUAGAAUAAACUUGGUCAAUAAUCUGAAUAUAAUCAUAUGUAGAUGCCUCCAUGCUACUCAGGAGCAAGACAGCGAGAUUCAAGGUGGAGACUGCUUUUAGUACGUUUGGGUUAUCCACCAAUAUUCCUUGGUGUUUUCCUAGCCUCCUGGAUAUAAGCUCAUAUUAUCCUUUUUGCCCUCGCUCAAUGGAAAGGGCAAACACUCAAGCACCAGAUUUUUGUAGAAAGAAAGGUUUAUUGCAGGUGGUUAAGGAAGGAGAUGGGCUCAAAUUUGUCUCCUCUCAUCAGCCUUAAAGCUCCAUAUUUAAGGGAGAGAUUUUGAGGGAGGGUUUCAGGGUUGGUGGGUGACAAAAGAGAAAGUUUGAAAAGUUCUUGGGCAUGUGCAAUUGUCUCUUCAUGGCUCGCAUGUGCAAAUUUGGGGAAGUUAGUAUGAAACAUGGGGUGGAAAUUUGGGCUAUGACAUGAGCAAGUUCAUUCUGCACAGAGUCUAGUCAGCCAUGUUGGUUCCAGCCUGGUUUUAGCCAGUUUUGUUGUCUUAUAAAGGGGAGGGAAUUUCAACAGACUGUUUCCUUAUCUGCCAUCCUGUAGGACAAGUUCAAGAUGUACUGUUGAUCACUGGUCUCUUUAACCCUCUGGACCGUGGUUUCACAGUUGGGGAUAGUCCCAGAAAAGCCUUUAUAUGUUUCCUCUGUGUUGAUGGUGCAGCUUUCUAAACCCCCUUCCCUGUUUCUGUGGUACUGAUUACCGUGCAUAAUGAAUUUAACUUUAAAAGCACAGAUGAUUGUAUUUGUUUAUAUCAGGCCUAAAUACUUUGGCUGUUGUUUCUAUUUCUAGUAAACUAUGCUUCUCAAGAUAAAGGGGCAAGAAUACAACACUUAGGAAAUACUGAUAAUUUGAUUUUGAUUCAGGGAAACAGAUGAACAGGAAUGCCCAAAAGAAUGAAGAACUGCCUUAGAAGAGCCAGUGAUGGAAAUAAAAGUUGGAAUUGGAAAUUGUAAAAAGAGGAAGCUAGUCAGGGUACAUUUGAAAGUUAAAAAUAUGAUUUGUAUUCUCAUGUAUCCUGUUUGGUCUCCUCUCUGAUGUGAAUCUACAGUCUUUAAUUUGGCAAACAGUGAAUAUUUACUAGGUUGAAAUGAUCUAGGGGUGUUCAUUUGUGUCAAGGAGCUUCUCAUUAGCUGGGAAAAUUUGAUCAGCUAAGUGUGAGGCAGGACUGUUCUUCCCUCGGCCAGCACAGUGGAGCUGGACUGAGAACUCGCUGUCUGUUAAUUCCGCUUGGCUUCACCACGAAUACUGCUCUGCUGUUCUUUGUAAUC